AGACCUGAUAGUUUUAGUGCAGCUGUGGUCAGAUGUAGGGUUUGUCACGUAGCAUGUGUUAAAGAAGGUUGUUGCGUGACAUGCCCAAAGGGUGUGAUUUUUUUGAAGGAGGCAAGAUAGUAUUAUUUAUUGCUCGAAUACAACUCAAACACUACGCCAAUCAAGUCAAGCACCCUGGUUAAGAGGAAUCUAAAGUUAAUAAUUAGCUUUUGUUACGAGUGAAUUCACAAGAACAAAGAACCAUUAUUUAUCUUAAGCCAUUCACUGCGCCGUAACUAUGGAAAUGCGGGAUGCAAUUUUGAGAACGAAGCGUCUCAUAUUAUCUUCCAAGUAUCAAGUGAAGGAGAGUUGGAGACUGAACGAAGCGUACUUGCAUGUUUUAAGUAACACAGUAGUCUCUUUGUUGUGGUUAAAGAAGUUGCUCAGUCUUAGUCGUUUUUUUCUGGAAACCUUUGGCGAUAUUUAAAGCGGCCUUUGUUGAACAGACUUAUGAUGCAAGCAGACUGAAGCGACCGAAAACAGCUGUCUGAAGGGCGGCAAACUUCAUGGCACCACUCGAACCAACCAUUUCAUCGACGAUGUCUUCUACGAAAGACAUAGUGAGGUCAACUGUUAGCAAUGGAGAGGAACUACGACGUUCAGUUAUGAAUGUAGGAGAUGCAAUUAACGCCAUAGCGUUUGCAAUUUUGAUUUUGUUUACGGUUUUCGGUAAUCUUAUGAUCCUGGCCGCCAUCAUCAGAAGCAGGAUCCUUCGUUUCCGCACUCAUUUGUACAUCACAAGCCUUUCUUUCGCAAAUUUGCUCAUGGCUGGUGUUGUAAUGCCACUUCGAGUCCUGAGCUUUGUAGACAAAAACACAUGGCUGAACGAACCAGUAUUGUGUGAAACAUAUGGCAGCUUUUUUGUACUGUUUUGUACUGUGACUGUCUACACCCUGGCAGCUUUGAGUUUGGAUCGGUACUUCUCAAUCUCCCGGUACAAGUGGUAUCAGAACUUCAUGACCAGUAGCCGUACGUUUUGCCUCAUCGUUCUUUGUUGGAGUAUCGCCGUGCUGGUGUCGUUUCUGUUUGCCAAUUUCGACGUCGAUGUCGAAAAAUCCUUGAACUGUAAGUUGGGUAAAACCUACACCACAGCUUACGUUUACACUUUCGUCGGCAUUGAAGUUCUGACUCCGGUAAUCUUCAUGUUGAUUUUACAGUGUCAAGUUAUGAAAACAGCUGUAAGCCAUACUCACACAGUGGAUGUACGCGGUAGACAGAUUAAAAACUUGGACUAUGCUGAUUUUCCAUCGAUCGCCAAAGAAACGACCUGGUCCAAGAUUGUGGUUCGAAUUACUCUGAGUUUUGUAAUAUUUUGGAUUCCGAGAUGUGUAUUUCUUCUUCUUGCCAACAGCAAUACAGCAGGCAUCCAUGAAGUUGCCGAUGGUUUGACAGAGAUCAUGACUUAUUGCUUCCCCCCAUCAUUUGCUCUGUUGCUGAGUUAUUGGAGUAAGGAGUUUAGAGAGGUUUUCAUAGAUAUGCUGUGUCCAUAUGCCUGUUAUCAAAAGAAGAAAGACAUGAGAAAGUAUCGCCUGGGCGAGCCUAACAGAGUGAAACCAUCAAUGAUGUACAGAAAACACUCCAAAAACUUUGCUGCAUCAUGAGUAUGAGAUCCAUACUCAAGGAAACAAUUGGAUUUGUCCCUUUCAGUGAUGAUAUUUGUCUCUCCAUUCUUUUAUCUCAACUUUACUCUGUGAAGACACUUUUUGUGACCUUAAAGAAUUACAUUAUAUCAGCUGUUAGGAUAGAAGCACUGAAAAUGGCUCAAGGAAUGAGUCAAACUCCUUCCUAUCAAGAGUGAGUGACAGUUUGAUUGGAAAAAAAAUACCAUAUAUUUUUCAUAUGAAUAAAGGCUGAUAGUUUCGAAAGAAACUGUUUGGGGCUGC